CGAGACACGAUUGAUCGAUCAUAUGCUUUGCCUUCUUGUUAUAUUUGUGAUGGGAAAAAUAUAGGCUUUCCAGGCCCGCAUACCAAGUCCAGCAAGGAGUUGAAGAUGUUAUUUCUUUUUUGUGUAAUGUGUCGGCUGAUUUUAUAAAGAGAUAUGGGAUUAGGAAAUUAUAUCAAAUAUACAAAUCAGAGAUAAAGAGAAAAGGAAAAUAUACAAAAGCUAAUGGGAUUAGGAAAGGCAAUAGCUUUUGGUAUAAAUAUAAGACGUCUAGACCUGAUUUGAGCAUCCGAUUGAAAAGAGAGAGAGAGAGAGAUCAAGAGAAUUAGCAAUUUAAAAAGAGUGUUUUAUUGCUUCGUCUUGUGACCUUUAUCGCAUAAAGUUGGUUUAAAUCCUCUAACAAUUUGUUUUUUUUUUCUCUUCCUAUCUCGUUCAUAAACUGCAACAUAAUGUUGAAAACACUUAGCAAAAAAAAAAAUGUUGAAAACAGAAAAGUCAUGGGUCGUAUCAGAUUCUACCAUUACUAGCAAGUUUGGACAUCGUCCUCCUUCUACCUAUUCCAUGAAGAUCCAAAGCCUCUCUCAACUCAAGACUCUCUUCUCCGGUACUGACGGAUACAAAUCCCGUACCUUCUCUUCCGGCAAAUAUAACUGGAAGUUGGUUGUAUAUCCCAAAGGAAACGAAAAAGACAACGGGACAGGGUUUGUCUCAAUGUACGUUGAAUUAGAUAGCGAAAGCGCCUCGUCCACUAUCUUGGCAUAUCUCACCUUUUUCAUCUACAACAAGAAAGAAAACAAAUACUUUACUAUUCAAGACGAUGAAGAGAAGCAGUUCAAUGCAUUAAGACCGGUGCAUGGGUUUCCGCAAGUACUUCCGCUUGAUACGUUCAACGAUCCUAAAAACGGAUACGUAUUUGAUGGAGAUGUUCAGUGUGAGUUUGGCGUUGAUGUGAUGGUUCCACUUACCAAUUGGGAAGUUGUCUCCAAUACCCAGGAAUACUCCAAUACAAAAUUCUGUUGGACGCUCGAAAACUUCUCUGAGUUGAAAGAGCAUUGCUACGUAUCAAGCAAGAUCUUAGUGGGAGGAAGGAAUUGGGUGCUUAAGCUGUAUCCUAAAGGCCUAAACACUAUAUAUUCCGCAUGGUUGUCCCUCUUUCUGCAUAUAGCCGAUGAUGAAACAGUGAAGACAGGUGAGGAGACUUACGUGCAGUGUGAUAUGCGAAUUCUCGACCCGUUUGGAUGCGACCACUUGACUAAAAAGAUUAAUCAAAGGUUCGGCAACUCCAUCCCAACUUGGGGCUGGCAUAAAUUUGUGUCGUUGGCUAAUCUUGAGAAGGUUUACUUGGACAAUCUAGGUUCUUUGGAAGUAGAGAUACAUUUUAAAGUUGUUUCGUCCACCAAAUAUUCAUGAAGAUCUAGUUGUUUAUUCAGAUUCUGGGGUUUUUAUAUUUAUUGUUUAGAAGAUUAGUUACUACCUAUCGCUAUUUAGCUUUGUUUUAAAAUUUGUGAUGAGUCUAUUAAAUAUAAAAGAUCUUUUUACAUUUUUGUUAUUUUAUAUAUAAAAAACUACAUAUAUUUCAAAAAAAUCCAUAUCAAAUUCAAACCGAACUGAUAAACAUAGUCCGUAAGUAUCAAAAAAAAGAACAAAGAAAACAGAAGAGGAAAUCAAAACUAGUAAAGUCAGACGUUCCUUUCCUUCUUUCAUACAUUCAUGACACUUUGAUUAUUAUUCGAUGAAUCAAUUUAAGUCAAUCUUAUUCUUAUCAAACAAUUAAAAAAAGUUUAAAAGUAGUUUCAUUUGGAAAUUUUGCACGCAUAUUAAAAAAUUAUCUAAAAACUCCAUUUUAUUUUUUGUUCACACAUUAAAUAAUUUUUUUAAUA